UGCGAAUAGGAGGGGUACUGAAACAGUUCUGUGAUUGAAUUGAUCAGUUUAAGUAAAAACAUGACAACGAAUUUUUAUCCCAAUUUUAACGACACUACGUGGUAUCGUUCCUGUCGCAGGGAAAUCAUUGAUCCAAUCUAUGGGGAAGUGUCAGGCACCAUUCCAAACUGGUUAAACGGUGUGCUAAUUCGCAAUGGAAUGGGGUUAUUUGAAUUUGGUAAUUCCGAAGUGGACCAUUGGUUUGAUGGGAUGGCCUUAUUGCACAGAUUUGAAUUAAAAGAUGGGGCUGUUUCGUACCAAUGCCGUUUUUUACAAUCGGAUAUAUAUAAACGAAGUACGACAGCUAAUCGUCUUGUUUUAACUGGCUUUGGAACAAAAGCUGUACCGGAUCCUUGCCAAACAAUUUUUAGUAGAAUAACAUCGAUAUUCAAUUGUGCUAAGGACGUCCGAGAUAAUGCCGCAAUCUCUGUAUAUCCAUUCAAUGACGAAAUAUACGCGUUUUCCGAAGCAGGAAUAAUUUGCAAGGUGGACAAGGGUAACUUGGAAACCGGAACAAAAAGGGAUCUUACAGCACGUCUUGCGAUUGUAACACACACUUCCCAUCCUCAUGUCGUAGAAGAUGGGACUGUUUACAAUUUAGGCUUGUCGUUCUCGAGAAAAGGUGCUACCUAUCACAUUGUAUGUUUUCCGAAUGACAAAAACAAUGACCAGGACGCGAUGUUUGAAAAAGCGCAGGUGGUUUCGACAGUUCCUUCGAAAUGGAGGUUACUUCCAUCUUACAUGCACAGUUUUGGGUUAACGGAACAUUAUUUCAUAAUCAUUGAGCAGCCGUUUACUAUAAACAUCCCCAAGAAGGUGUUGAGCAGUAUUUUCUCGAAAACACCAGUGCACGAUGUGUGUAAAUGGCACAAGGAAGCCGAGACACAGUUUCUUGUUGUAAGUCGAAAAACAGGACAAUUGGUAAAAACAUUUUAUGCCGACGGAUUCUUUUACUUUCAUACCAUAAAUCAGUAUGAAGAUAUGAAUCAUAUUGUAAUCGAUAUUUGCACGUAUAAGGAUAGUUCAUCAAUUGAUAAAUUCUACAUCAAGGCACUUAAGAAUGCCCAAAGUGAUUCAAAUUUUAGAGAUAGUGUUAAUAGCAGCCCGCAAAGAUUUGUUUUGCCUUUAUUUACCGACGGAAAAUUUGGGGAUAACCAAAACUUUGUAAAAAUCCCCGUCUCUAAUGCUAAAGCGUUUGUACGGGAUGAUGGAAGUGUACAUGUUGAACCUGAAUCCAUUUGCAGGCACAAUUGCGAAUUACCAACUUUUAACUACAAUAAAUGUUUAGGUAAGAAGUACAGAUUCUUUUAUAGCCUCACCUUGUGCACAGAUGCCACUAUUCCCUCAUCGUUACUAAAGACGGACAUCCAGAAUAGAACUAGUCAAGUAUGGUCGGAACAGGGUGCCUAUCCCAGUGAGCCAAUCUUUGUUUCCAAACCGCACGCAAAGGCCGAAGACGAUGGAGUAAUUCUAUCGUCCUUAAUUUACGAAGAAGAUGACCGGCGUGUUGGUUUGUUAGUUUUGGACGCGACAACGUUUGAAGAAUUGGGCCGCGUUCAGUUCGAGACGUUCAGUGCUGUUCCCAGAACUACACAUGGGUGGUACUUUCCAAACGAUUAGACGCAGUUAUCACACUGUCGCAGCUGUUAAGGCCAAAAUAAGGAGUUCUUCGACACAAUAAUCAGCAGAGGGAGGUGCUAAGUGCAGUCGUCACA